CAGGUUGCUCCGUAUUUCCUUAUAUGCCCUUAUUCCUUUCCAAAGUACUAUUGAUAAAUGAGGAACAAAUCGGUUUUUUGUUAUCGAUAACUCCUUUUGUUGAAUUUUUUAGUGCUGGAAUCUGGACUUUUUUGGCCGACAAAUUUUGCGCGCACAAAUCUAUACUUUUAACUUGUAUAUCUUUCGCUACUUGCACUACGAUUAGUUAUCCAUUAACUGGAAAAGUUAUUGGCUUUGAAGGACUUUUGCUCUCUUUUCUCUUUUGUGCUUUAUUCAAUGGAGGAAUUGCUCCUUUAAUCGAUAAUUUCACAAUAGCAACAUUAAAAAAAGAUGGGAAACAGGUAGAAUAUGGUCGACAGUUAAUAUAUUGUAUGCCUUCGGUUAGCGCCUUUGGGGAACUUUGUCUUGUGGUUUAUUUGCUUCGGUUUCAGAUGGGAGCGUUCGCUGGGCUUAUAAUUAGUACAUCCACGAAUAAUUUUAAUUAUUAUCAAAAAAUUAAUCAAAACAUACCUUUAAACAAUGAUGAUGAUUUAGAAUUAGAUUUGUUUGUCAAGGAUAAUAUUAUAGAUAAUGAUACAAAUACUGAGGCCGAUCUCGGAACGGAAAAUAGUACUAAGAAAUCAAUAACUAUCCUGAAUUCGACUUCAAUAUUGUUACAGUUACUCGAAAAUCCCAAGUUUUUAUUCUUUCUAUUUAUCACUCUUUUAAUUGCAAUAGUCAAGUCAGUAUGUGGCAUUUAUCUCUUCUUAUAUCUUUCAGAAACUUUUCAUGCUAGUGGAACUUUGAUGGGACUGUGCAAUUUCAUGGGAAUAUCUUUAGAGAUUAUAUGUUUUAAUUAUGCCAAAGAAUUUUUGAAAUUAUUAGGACCUCGAAACAUGAUUAUUGUUGGUCAACUUGCCCUCAUUAUUAGAGUUGGUUUAUAUGGAUUUCUUGAAAAGAAAAUGAAAUCAUGGAUGGCCCUACCUAUAGAAUUGCUACAAGGGGUUAUGUACGCAUUAAUAUGGACAGCCGGGGUAGAAAUUACCAGCAACUUUGCUCCAAAUUCUUUACAAGCGACAUACCUUGGUAUUUAUUAUGGAAUUUUUCAAUUAUCUUCUGGAAUCGGAGCAAUUAUUGGUGCCGUUAUCUUUUCUAGAAGUCCUACUUUAAUGUUUCAGAUUAUGACUGCAUUGGCAAUAUUUGCUUUGAUUCUAUACAUAAUGGGCGAGAUGUUUAUAUUUAAAUAUAAUAAGUAUAAGUAUUCAAUGCUUGAUAACGAUCAAUCUAGAAUAGGACAGGAAGAAUUGCG